GAACAUUCUAGUAUUUCCGUGAAGUAAAACCAAGUCCAGAACGCACUGUUAGUUCAUUCAUUCAUUCCUUCAAUCAUUCAUCGCGCGCGCACGCACUGCACCCUAAGCUCGAGUUUCCUGCUGUCAGUCUGUCAGAAGUUAGUCUUAACUAAGUCAGGACACCCUAAAAGUCAGUGAAAUUCGGCUGAGGUAAAGCAGGGACAUGGAUGAAGAGUUCACUCCGUUAGACUGCCUUCUGUCCACAGGAACCCAGAAGAUUUGCCUGGUCAUCCUGAAUCAACCGCUGGAGCCUCACUUCUUCCGUGUGCUCUGGAAAAAAGCUGUGAUCCGAGCAUGCGCAGACGGCGGAGCCAACCAUCUUUACCAACUGACAGAGGGUGAAAGGGAAAGUUUUCUACCAGAUUACAUAAGUGGAGAUUUUGAUUCCAUUACACCUGAGGUCAAGACUUUCUACUCAGAAAAGAAGUGCAGGCUGAUUACAACUGCUGAUCAGGAUCUGACAGACUUCACUAAGUGCUUGACCCUCAUGCUGGAGGAAAUCAAGGAGCGACAAGCGCAGGUGGACACCAUCGUCACGCUGGGAGGCUUAGGAGGGCGAUUUGAUCAGAUCAUGGCUACAGUGGAGACGCUUUUUCACGUUCAGAAGAUGUCGGAGAUCCCGGUAGUGGUCAUCCAGGGUGACUCUAUGGCCUGUCUGCUCCGAGAGGGCAGGAAGCACCAGCUGUACGUGAACACAGGUUUGGAGGCCAAGUGGUGUGGUUUGAUCCCAGUGGGCAGCUCCUGCCUCACUAGCACCUCGGGGCUCAAAUGGAACCUGGAUAACCAGCUGCUGGAGUUCGGGAAGCUCGUCAGCACGUCCAACACCUACGAAGAGCUCGAUGCCAAAGACGAGAGAAAACCUGUGACCAUCAGUACAGACAAACCUCUUCUAUGGACUAUGGGUAUUAAAACAGAGUAAGCAAAUACUUAGGAAGUGGACAUACACGUGCCUUAUGAUAAUGAACCGUUUUAAUAAAAUAAUUUAAAAAAAAAAAA